CACGACAUGGGUCUAUACUCCUACUACACUUAUGGCCUCCCUUCUUUUCUAAUAACAGUUAUCGCUUUAUACUUACUGUUCACUGGUUCGGGUGAAGCCUUCAACGUCGGACGAUUCCUCGAAGAAAUCAGUCCCUAUGCUUGGGGUGCGACGGGGAUUGGUCUUUGCAUUGGACUGAGUGUUGCUGGUGCUGCAUGGGGGAUUUUCUUGACAGGUUCUUCCAUCCUCGGUGGAGGUGUACGCACACCACGAAUUACCACAAAAAACUUGAUUAGUAUCAUUUUCUGUGAGGUCGUUGCUAUCUACGGAGUGAUCAUUGGAAUCGUCUACUCCGCGAAGCUCACCAACGUCGCCGAGGACGUACUCUACACCCGUGAAAACUACUACACAGGAUUUGCCCUCUUCUGGGGUGGUUUGACAGUCGGUGCUUGCAACCUUCUGUGCGGUGUCUGCGUCGGUGUCACAGGUUCGACCGCAGCGUUGGGUGACGCAGCAGACCCCGAUUUGUUCGUCAAGAUUCUUGUUGUGGAGGUCUUCGGAAGUAUCCUUGGCCUGUUCGGUCUCAUUGUUGGCCUAAUCAUGGUAGGAUCGGCGGGAGACUUCCAGGCAGCUGCAGGUAUCGCGGCGACUUCUGCCAGGGCAAUGGUUUCCCCAUACGUUGCUUAACUUAUUGGCGCCGUACAUACCGAUACCAAAUGGACUGUACU